CCCGGCCUCUUCGUGGUGUGUCGGAGGACCGGCUAAAUGGGCGAGUACGGAAUAGGACGGAGCGACAACCAAAGGGGAACAAGUGCGACGUCGCGGAAGGAAGGGCUAGCACGUCGGAUGCCUCUCUGGCCCUCAACAGUCCCUGUUCUCUAUACUCUGUCGGAAGCAAAGGAUCUGAGCGCGAGAGAGAUGUUCCGCGGAGCUACGAGGACGCGUAGCGGGUUGACGCUCUGGCCCGACGCCGACGACCUCUCUCUGGCUCCGGAGGACUCGGCGAUCCGAGUAUUGGAGAGCCAAAGGCCAGGCCUGGAUCGUGGUGCCUGACUCCUUGCUUCCCCUGCUGUGCCCCCCUGCCCAUCCCCAGUGGCCUCAGACCCAGGUCCUGGGUCCUGGCGAUGUGGUGACAGAAUAGAGGGCAGGCAGAUGAAUGGAUGCCUUGAAGCAGAGGAACAGCAGGACCAGAGGCAGCAGGACCAGGAGCUGACCUGGAGCCACAGACCCGGGCCCGGGAGUACCCUGGACAGGGCCAAGGCCAUGGCCCCGCCAGCACCGCUGCUGGCCGCCAGCACCCCACUCUUGCAUGGCGAGUUCGGCUCCUACCCGGCCCGUGGCCCCCGCUUUGCCCUCACCCUUACACCGCAGGCCCUGCACAUUCAGCGGCUGCGCCCGAAGCCUGAAGCCCGGCCCCGUGGUGGUCUGGUCCCACUGGCCGAGGUCUCGGGCUGCUGCACCCUGCGCAGCUGCAGCCCCUUGGACUCUGCAGCCUACUUCUGCAUCUACACCUACCAGCGGGGCCGGCGUGGGGCCCGGCGCAGAGCCACACGCACCUUCCGGGCCGACGGGGCAGCAGCCUAUGAGGAGAACCGCGCUGAGGCCCAGCGCUGGGCCACCACCCUCACGUGCCUGCUCCGUGGGCUGCCACUGCCUGGGGAUGGGGAGAUCACUCCCGAGCUGCUGCCCCGGGCCCCUCGCUUGCUCCUAUUGGUUAAUCCCUUUGGGGGGCGGGGCCUGGCCUGGCAAUGGUGUAAGAACCAUGUGCUUCCCAUGAUCUCCGAAGCUGGGCUGUCCUUCAACCUCAUACAGACAGAACGGCAGAACCACGCCCGGGAGCUGGUCCAGGGGCUGAGCCUGAGCGAGUGGGAUGGCAUUGUCACGGCCUCAGGAGACGGGCUGCUCUAUGAGGUGCUGAAUGGGCUCCUUGAUCGCCCGGACUGGGAGGAGGCUGUGAAGAUGCCUGUGGGCAUCCUCCCAUGUGGUUCAGGCAAUGCACUGGCCGGAGCAGUGAACCAGCAUGGAGGGUUUGCACCAGCCCUGGGCAUAGACCUGCUGCUCAACUGCUCUCUACUGCUCUGCCGGGGUGGCAGCCGCCCGCUGGACCUGCUCUCUGUGACACUGGCCUCGGGCUCCCGCUGUUUUUCCUUCCUGUCUGUGGCCUGGGGCUUCGUGUCAGACGUGGACAUACAGAGCGAGCGUUUCAGGGCCCUAGGCAGCACCCGCUUCACUCUGGGCACGAUGUUGGGCCUCGCCACACUGCAUACCUACCGCGGACGCCUCUCCUACCUCCCUGCCACUGGGGGACCUGUCUCGCCCACACCCACCCAUAGCCUGCCCCGGGCCAAGUCGGAGCUGACCCUGGCCCCAGAGCCAGCCUUGCCAAUGGCCCACUCGCCCCUGCACCGCUCAGUGUCUGACCUGCCCCUGCCCAUGCCUCAGGCUGCCCUGGCCUCCCCUGGCUCACCUGAACCCCUGCCCAUUCUGUCCCUCAAUGGUGGCGGCCCAGAGUUGGCUGGGGACUGGGGUGGGGCUGGGGAUGCUCCACUGUCCCCGGACCCACUGCUGCCCUCCCCCUCUGGCUCCCCCAGAGCAGCUGUCCGUUCACCCAUCACUGAGGGGCCACCAGAAAUUCCAGUACCCUCUGGGCUUCCGAAUCCCUGCCCUGAUGUGCCGGCAGCUGCCUCCACAUGGGGCCCACCUGACCACUUGCUGCCUCCUCUAAGUGCCCCACUGCCUCCAGGCUGGGUGACGAUGGAAGAGGACUUUGUGCUCCUGUUGGCCAUCUCACCCAGCCACCUGGGCGCUGACCUGGUGGCAGCCCCGCAUGCUCGUUUUGACGACGGUCUGGUGCACCUGUGCUGGGUGCGUGGUGGCAUCUCGCGGGCCACCCUGUUGCGCCUUUUCCUGGCCAUGGAGCGUGGGAGCCACUUUGGCCUGGGCUGUCCCCAGCUGGGCUAUGCCGCGGCCCGUGCGUUCCGCCUCGAGCCACUGACGCCUCGCGGUGUGCUCACGGUGGACGGCGAGCAGGUGGAGUACGGACCAGUGCAAGCGCAGAUACACCCAGGUCUGGGUACGCUGCUCACUGGGCCGCCUGGGGGCGAGCCCUGAGCCUCAGGGCAGAGCCUGGAGUUCGUCUAGGGUGGGGCUUACAUUCCAAGGGGCGGAGCCUGCGCUGGGGCGUCGUCCAACUGGUAGAGUUAGGGCAGGGGUCCUGGCCCAGUCUCAGGAUUGCACCUGCCCCUAAGGGACCAGACACGAAGUUUGAGGGUGGCCUGAAUUCCAGGAGCGGGCAUGAAGGUUACAGAUACGCCCCGAGGGUAGUGCCUGACGGAGGAGGGUGGGACCUGGCGCCUGCACUCCUGCCGCUUCUAGGGGGCGUGGCUCAGCCAGACUACCGCAUUUGGCCACAUCGGUUGUGGGCGGAGCCUAGCUAAGGCUUCGUCCAACGGCGAAACCUGAAAUAUACGGGCUGGGGAGGGCCUCAGUUAACUGGCCAGUCACGGCCGAAGUCUCGCCCUGUCUACUUCGGUGCCUCCACUUAACUGGCCAAUCAGUCCAUGAGGGGCAGGUUCCCUGGGGGCCGCGCUCCUAUUUGCACUAAUGUUCCUCCCCCCACCGGUGGGGGGAGGGAAGCUCACUCCCCCUGUCUUGUCUCACUAGUGUCCCCGGUUUCUGUACCCGAUCUUCAAAGCAAUUGAAAAGGUCUAUGCAAUAAAGGCGUUCGCUUCAUUCUCAAACCCUCGCCCCUUCCUCUAUCCCAAAGCCCGUGAGAAGCUUCCAGCGGUAGCAUUUGCAGCAGCUCCUGCCUUAAUGGCCCACUGCCCACAGGCCGCGGCCUGUCUGACCCACUGGCCUUGAGCCUGGGCCAGGGAGGUGCCUCCUCCCCCACAACAGCUGGCUCUAGGGUUCUCAAGAUUUAUUCAGGAUCGUGUUAACGGAGGCGGUGGGAGGCUGGGUUCCCUGGCGGGCCAGGGGCACACACACAGCACCCUCCCCGCCCCCACGAGGGAGGGGGAAGGCUCGCUUUUUCUUAAAAAUAUAAAUGUAUUUAUCUGCAUUGUCACGGCCCUGGGGCACCCAGCUGACCGGCCGUUGGGCCACAGGGCGGGGAGGGUGGAGGGCGUCAGGUGUCAGGGCACAAGUCUGAGCAAGGCAAAGGACAGUGCCGCCAGGUGGGGGGCGGCGGCCUCACAGGGCCCCGUGCUGGGCUUGGUAGCGGGACAGCACGGCGCGGUAGUGGGACAGCUCCUGGCGCACGGCCACCACCUCCUGCCGCAAAAGGGCGUUCUCCUUCUCCAGGAAGGCCGCCCGCACCGAGAUCUGGUUCUCCUUGAGCCGCCGGGCAUCGCGAGACCGCUUGGCCGCCUCGUUGUUCUUGUACCGCCGGCUCCAAUACUUCUCAUCCUGGGGGUGGGGGAGACGGCACUGAGGUCCAAAGGGGUCCAGGCCCCAUGGACAGAGGAAGGGAGCGGUAGCCUGGCUUGCUGUACCUUCAAGACCCAGGAGACAAUUAAGAGACUCCUUCUAGCCCAGCAAUAGGUCUUAAAAUAUACCCAAGGGUCUACCCUGUCAGGGCCCUGGUCACUAAGAAGAGCUGCAUCUUAACAACAGCUGAGGUAUGAGAUAUCCCUCCCCCAAGCAACUGAGCUACAAGUUACCACUGUGCAAAGCCAACUCAGCCCUCCCCACUUGAUAAAGGGCCUGCAGUUAUCGCUUGGUUGCUAAGGUUGCCUGUUCCCAA